GAAACGUCGUUCGUGUAACUUACGCGAACGCUUUAUUUACGUUUCCCCAAAAUCGUCGGCUGAUUCCUACACUAAACACGGAUUCCGGCGGGUUUUCGUAUUAAAAAAGAAGAAGGAAAAAGCUAUGUAUGGGCUGUCUGGAACGAGAGCAAUACAAAGAUGUUGGGCGAAUCAUACGUUUCUCUCAUCUUUCCUCAUCAGCAAGGAAACGUUAGUAACAUAUGGCUGUCGCUCUUCCUUAACUACAGAUGACAAGGAAGAGCCUACACUCACAGAAGAAUCGUUGACAUUUACAAAAAGGAGACAGAUGAAAAAGAAGGGUCAAGGAGUGAACAAAACACAGGCGGUUUCUAAAAAGCUAAACUCGGAUUCCGAAAAAGUAAAAGUGAAAAAUGAGAGUGUUAAACUAUUGAAAGGUAAAAAUACGGAAGAGGUGGAGCUCCUUGUGAAGGCAUACGACAAAUUGCUAAGGAAAGACAACAAAAGACAAAUGCUGUAUUUACUAGACCAGAAAUCAGCUGACAGACUGGUUCACCAUUUGCUAAAGGACAUUGAACGUGAUGAUGUAAUAGCUGAGUCGCAUCCAGGACCUGGCAUUUUGACAAGAACGCUACUGAAGGAAACCACUAAUGAUAUCAUUGCCUUUGAACCCCAACCAACAUUUGCGAGCCAUCUGAAAGAAUCGUUGCUACCACAACACUCUUCCCGCUUAACCUUGUCCCAUUUGGACCUUCAGAAAUUUUACACAUAUUAUGUGCAUGGGAAAAAAGUACCUGAGAAGGACAGACUUCAUGAGCUAUUAGAAUUGUUCCCUACCAACAGAAAGAAAUUUGACUCCAAUGUAAAAAUGGUCGGUGUUGUCUGCGAUCCCAAGUUCUUUUUCCGGCUGACUCUGAGCUUCGCAUUUCAGUGUUGCUUUUUUGAAAAUAUAUUUCCAACUCUGUAUUUGUACAUUCCAUUCAGAUUGUACUCUAGAAUAUCACUAAGUUUAGGUCAUUUUGCCUAUAGCAAAGUUGGAGUUCCCUUCCAGUUUUAUUUUAAUCUUGACCAUCUAGAAUCUGUACCUCAGACAGGCUUCUAUCCUCCGUAUUCAUUAGCAGCCAGUAGAACAAGAGUGCCAGCAGAUGAUUUCCUUCACCUAGUGAAGAUCUCAGUAAAUAAGGAAUUUUUUAACAAGGUACCACUCAAGGAACUGGAGAACUUUCACUACUUUCUGAAUCGCAUCUGCCUCACCAAGAGAAAAGAGACCCUAAUUACUCAGUUGGAGAAAUGGAUACCAGCCUGUGGGCCGGAGUUUAUCAAGGUGCCAGUAUUUGUGUUGGGAAUUCUUCAGACCAGUGGCCAUUUGCAACCAAUCUUAAAAUGGUUUUCGGGUUUUCACCCAUCCACGUGAAUUAACACAGGACCAGUUGCUUCAGGCAUACUACAUAUUUUCCAAGUUGCCAGCUUAUGAAGGGUCAAUGUUUCAUCACUACAGAAGACACUGGGCUGUUCAAUUUGGAGAAAGAGAUGAAGAAGUUGUGAGACUCAAAACUGAUGAUGAAGUAGUAGAAUUAGAAGAUCAGGUUUUGGAGAAUUAAUAUGUCUCGUUAAUCUGUGAGCAAUAACUAUUAUUGUUAGAAAGUUAGAGAUGAUUUAAUAUUUUUAGUUGGUGGUACAUGUGUUAAAGAUAUGGUUAAAAUUGUUUUAUUGCUUCCCUCAUAUAGAUGUGAAUUUGUCAUUUCAUGCUAUAUGAAAGUGAUGUUAUUAUUUAUGAGUUUGUACAAGGUGAAUGUAUUGUAAUAAAACUAUACUUUUAGUUCAGGAAGUUGUUAGACUUCAAAGAACAUGAGUCUGUAGAUACGCAGCUACUUUCACGUAAGAAAUUCAUAAAUGAGAGAGACAGUGACACUUGUUUAAGGUGAGGAUAUAGCUAUAUUUUCCUAUUCAGUAAUGUUGUAGUAUUGUUUAUUAUGUUAAAAGAGCUCUUUACAGUUAAUGGGUUGAGUUCUAUUCAGCCACCUAGAAUGAGCUCAAAAUGCAACAUGCUGUAUUCCUUCUCCUAUUUUUGGAGUUGGUGAUAUGAGCACAUAAUUUUGACAAAUAGAAUAUUUGAAAAAGGAAAGUAGAGGAUGCAUAGGGGAGGAAUAAAGUUGUUAAAGAAUA